AGUUUCUGAGCAAGGAACAUCUUCUGAGCUGGAAGGCAUCACUGGAAGCUUCAUUCUCUAGAUAUGGCUGUGCUAUGCUUUAUCUUAUCUCUCACAGUCCUUUCCCUAGGGCAUGGGAUGCCCACUCUUCUUCACACAAAGGAGGCCAGGUUCCCUUUACAAGGAUCUACCCAGAGACUGGAAUCUUCAUCUGUCCUUCAUGGAAUAAUACUUCCCCAUGAUAUGAAAUAUCCAGUCUACAUGAUGCAGAUGUACCAGAAUCUCAUCUCAGGGAAAUUUACAGGUCCUUCUGUUCGGGAAGAACCCGUCCUUCAGGAAUCUGAUACUGUUUUGAAUCUCAUUGCAAAAGGAUGCACCCAAGUGGAUAGCCGAUGGAUAUUAUCUUUCGACAUGUCUUCAGUCUCCAUUAGCAGUGAGUUAAGGCUGGCCGAGCUGAGGAUUCACCUGCCUUACCUUGAGAGGUUCCAGAAUGUGACACUAGAUAUCUACCACACCAAGGGAAAUCUGGAGAAGUUCUUCCUAGGGUCACUUACCAUAGAUUUCCCAGGUACUUCAGGCUCCUCAUGGAAAGUCUUUAAUGUGACACAGAUGCUACAGCGCUACCGCUAUCAGAAAGAGAGCUUCUCCAGUGAUGAAUACACACAGCCGAAGGCAACUUCACAAGCAGAACAGAAGAUCGACUGCAAUGGACUUCUAUCUGAAAGAAUCAUGUUGAUGGUAUUUUCUACAGAUAAGCCCUCAUCCAAACUCACUGGCUCCACCAGUCUCAUAGAAACAGCAGAGUCCUCAAAGUAUGUCAUAACAGAGGCAGACACCAGAGAAACCGGGAAGAGGAGGCACAGAAGGAAUCGUUAUGCUCUGAACAGCAUCAUAAGAAGCAGCUUUCAUUCUCAGCCUGUGGGAGAUGGUAAAACCCAGUGUAGGAGGGUAGACAUGAUUGUUGACUUUGAGAAAAUUGGUUGGAGCGACCAAAUUAUUUACCCCAAGAGGUUCAAUGCUUAUCGAUGUGAAGGAUCCUGUCCGAUUCCACUGAAUGAGAACUUCAAGCCAACAAACCACGCCUACAUUACGAGUUUGGUUAACCAUUUCAGUCCUGAAAGAGUAGAAUGCCCAUCCUGCGUGCCAGUGAAGAUGAGACCUCUGUCAAUGCUCAUGUACGAAGGUGAUGAAAUUGUUCUAAAACACCAUGAAGACAUGAUUGUAGAGGAAUGUGGAUGUUAUUAAGGAAAAGCACAGAGCUGGUUGCCCUAUUGAUAAGUGGACACACAGCUGAGAAGAGUCUUCUACAUAAAGAGCCAAAACCCUUGCACUGCCGGUGGUACUGGAAAGCUGUUGAUAAAGACCCGGACUAUAUUAAAGACAUUCAAGGCUGGAGUUGAAGAUGAAAGGGAUGUACAAGGCACUUUGGGAAAUUAAUGACUAAAAUAAUGUAAUGUCAAAAAAUAUUUGUUUAACAUUUUACAGCAUCUUAUAUAAACCCAUUGUGGAGACUUGAUAUGAAGAAAUAAUUAUUUUGUGUUACAAAUGCUGGGGAAUAUUUUGGGACUAUGCUAACCUGAAAUGUAAAUAUAUGUAUUUAUAUAUUAUACUGCACUAACAAUAAAAAGCCGCUUUCAAAUGUA